AUGCGUGAUUGGUUCGAGAGGAACUUCUUAGCACAAAAACCAUCUGGUUCUCGACUAGCUAAUUUAGAGACUAGUUUUGAUCCUAAUAUAUCCAUCCAAAAGCUUAAAAGCUUUAGUCUGACAAUUUCAGAGGUGUGUCAUUAUGCAUUUUUGGGCUCGGUUCUAAUAUUUGUUUUCCUACUGUAUCCGGCCCCAUGGGUUUUAAAGAUUUUUUUUUAUUCCAUCUUUUUGGUAUUGUUUUUGAUGCCGGCUACUAGUCAGUUUUUCUUUAAUGCACUGCCAAUAUUCACUUGGUUGGCGCUAUACUUUACGUCGCCUUCCUUUGGGUCUUCGCAUAGGCCGCCAAUUGCAGUCAAAGUGCUUCCUGCCGUAGAGACGAUACUUUACGGGGAUAACUUGAGUGAUAUUUUAGCAGCAUCUACUAAUAUCCUAUUGGACAUAUGUGCAUGGUUGCCAUAUGGUAUUUUCCAUUUUGGUGCCCCAUUUGUAGUGGCCGCGAUAUUAUUCGUAUUUGGCCCACCUACUACUUUGCGGAGUUUUGCUUUUGCAUUUGGUUACAUGAACUUGCUUGGUGUCAUCACGCAGCAUGUUUUUCCAACCGCUCCGCCUUGGUAUAAAAACAUUUAUAACUUGGCACCUGCUCACUACGGUAUGAAAGGUUCUCCUGGGGGUUUAGCAAGGAUUGACCAGUAUUUUGGUAUUGAUUUGUACACUACUGGGUUUUCGAACUCCGCGGUGAUUUUUGGAGCCUUCCCAUCCUUGCAUUCAGGGUGUGCGACAAUGGAAGCGUUAUUUUUGGGAUACAUUUUUCCUAAAUUGAGGCCGUUAUUUGUCUUCUAUGUGUGCUGGUUGUGGUGGUCAACAAUGUAUUUUACACAUCAUUACUUUGUUGAUUUAAUGGCAGGAUCGGUUUUGUCGUAUCUUAUUUUUCAAUAUACCAAAUACUACCACUUACCGAUUGUAGGAAAAGACUUAUUCGCAAGGUGGUCAUAUUCUGAGAUCAAAAAGUUUAACAUAGUCCAAAACGACCCAUUAUAUCAAGAUCCAAGUGAUGUUGAAAAUCUUCCCGUGACGACACAAGAUAAUGAUGUUAACCUCACUUUUGAAAUGAACUCUUUAGAUGAAGUUAGUACUCCAACUCCUUCCAUUUUUGAUGAGAUGGCCUUGGGUUCCAUGUCAAGGUCCUCCGCGAACUCUAUGGAUACUCCUGAUGACGAACAAUUCAGGGCUAGUUUUGCAAAUAAGGUUCAUAAACAACGCUACGAUUAA